GGUUUUAAUUGUUUGGUUACUAGCCUGACAUUGUUCUGCGUUUAUUCUUACAUAUUCUGUGCUCGGAAUUACGAAACUAAGCUGCAGAUCCAGAUGGCUGGUAAAAGCCAAGAGGUGGGAUCUACAGAGGUCACCUAGUUGUAAAAUUAGUUGGAAACUGUUUCCGAACUCACUCUGAGAAUUGUAUAAGGAGUAAGUCCAGCGCGCGAAUAAGUCCCCCAUCUCCUAUCCUCACUAUCACUUCUACUCAUCCAAUCCAUCAUGCUUCCCCCUACUCUCUCCAAUGCAGCACUCCUGCUCCCCCUCAUUCUGUCCGCCUCAGCUACACCCUUCGCGGCCUCAAGGUCCGCCAAGUCCCCUCCCAAUUGUCGGUUCGCGCAUGAUUAUACCCAGGCCUCGAUUCUCAAGAACCCGGAGCCGUUUGCCCAAGACCUAUUGUAUUGGGAGGGUAAGUUCCAUGCCGAUAAUGUCGGUUACAAUGGCAACAACGGUAUGACAUUCGACGGCACGCUGCUCGACCAGGUCACGGGAUUACCGACCAAGAAAAAUGCAUUUAGUGCUGCGAGCAAGGAGUCUCUCCAGUUCAUGCUCUACGCGCACGCUAUCUCUGGUUCCGCGGACGCGGCACGCUUCCUGUCCCCAGACAAGCCAAGCGCCGCACCUAAGAUUGCAGCUGAUAUUCUCGAGGUGAAACUAAAAACGUAUCUUAAGUUUAAUGAGACGUAUCCAGGUUUCGGAGGCCUUCUUCCUUGGUAUGCAAAUGCCGAAGGCAGCGACUCGAUUGAACCGACUUGGGACUGGGUUAACAGGAUUCCGGCUCUUGACAAUGGUGAAUUGCUCUGGGCCGUCUAUGGUGCCAUCCAAGCAAUGGAGAAGAGCAGUGAAAAAUCGUUCCAGCAGCUCGCCCGCAAAUGGCAGAAGUGGCUCGACUUCACAAAGACUACGCUGCCAAUUAUGUUUUACAACGGCGGCGGCCGCGUCUGCGCUUCCACCGCCAUUGCCAACCAAUCCCUGCCUGUCUCUCACCCCAACCAGACAUACAUCUGCGAGAACCCUACUUACAUUCUCGAUGAUCCCUAUGAAGGAGAGCUCGUGACGUGGUGGCUGCAUUUCUUUGGCGGCUUUUCAAGCGCCGAAAAGUUGAAGCUAUGGGAGGUGAAGCGCGCGAAGAUGAAGAGUGUCGACUGGAAAGAAGGUAGCAAGGGCCCUGUGACUGUGCUCCAAGGGUACUGGUUUAGUGCACAUGAGCCUUGGAAGGUGCUCGAGAUGCCAUACUUUGAUGUCGAUAUCGUGAAGCAGGUAUAUCGCAACGGCGAGGUUGUCCGCACCUGCCAUUCUGCAGCCAACAAGAUUCCGGGAAUGUACGCAUCUGUCAACAACGCAACCGACCCCGUCACUGGCGAGAUCCAGGGGUAUAUCUCUGCAACGGGAGUCCAGAGUGUGGCGUCUCAAAAAGUGACAGAGAGUUAUAUGAUCACUCCCUACUCUUCGUAUCCGGUGAUGCUGUUCAGCAAGAAAGUAGGCUUGGCCUGGUGGCACAACAUGGUGGGGUCGAAAAAGGGACAAAACCAAUAUGGUAGCACAGAGGGUUCGAGAAUUGACGGCACCUUAGUCUCCUCUUUCGUGUCGUGGGAUAGUAAGAUUACGACAGUCGUUGCAAUGCUCGGCGGCGUCCAGGACCUUGUCCGUGACCGCAUGAGGAGUGAGGGCAUUUAUGAUGAGUUCAAGAGUGUGCUCAAGCGCGAGUACAAUAUGGUGUUUAAGAAUGUAAAGGGGAAGAAUGUGGAUUUCUGCUUGCCUACGGCUCAGAUUCCAGACAAGGGACUGGUAGAUUAUACCAACUGUAACUAAAGAUCUAAACCUAUCGAACUUCCGUGUUAAUGCGGAAAAAAGUAAGAAAUUAUCGUCGUUGUUGUUACAUGUUGGGAGAUGAGAUGCAAGGGUUACUCUCAUGCCCCGCUACUGCCGUGAAAGCGUAUGGAGAGCGUGAAAAAACGAUG